CAGCUUGGAGGCUGUAGUGUACAAGGUGUAAAGUUUCUUGAGAUGUGCUGGCCUUGCACACAAGUUUCUGGACACUGUAACCCCAGGCAUUCUUGUGUCCAUAUACAGUGUUAAUUAAGGUACCUUAUGGUGGGAAAGCAGCCUUUCUUAACAUUAACUCGGACCCAGCCCGCUUAUGUAAUAUUGUCCGCACUCGCUAAGAUUUUCGGCCACAAACCUGCGCAGGAAUUUGCCCAAAAAAUCACUGCACCCCUCCACCCUUCUUCAUCACACCCAACGUUCGUCUCUUAGUCGACAACUCGUCAAGAUGGCUGUUGGAAAGAACAAGAGAUUGUCCAAGGGCAAGAAGGGCCUCAAGAAGAAGACGGUCGACCCCUUCUCCCGCAAGGACUGGUACCAGAUCAAGGCUCCUGCCCCCUUCGCCAUCCGAGAUGUCGGCAAGACCCUCGUCAACCGGACCACUGGUCUGAAGAACGCCAACGAUGCGCUGAAGGGCCGGAUUCUGGAGGUCUCUCUCGCCGACCUCCAGAAGGAUGAGGACCACGCUUUCCGCAAGGUCAAGCUCAGGGUGGACGAGAUCCAGGGCAAGAACUGCCUGACCAACUUCCACGGUCUCGACUUCACCUCCGACAAGCUCCGCUCCCUCGUCCGCAAGUGGCAGACCCUCAUUGAGGCCAACGUCACCGUCAAGACCACCGACGACUACCUCCUCAGACUCUUCGCCAUCGGCUUCACCCGCCGCAGGCCGAACCAGGUCAAGAAGACCACCUACGCCGCUUCUUCUCAGAUUCGCGCCAUCCGCCGCAAGAUGGUCGAGAUCAUCCAGCGGGAGGCCGCCUCGUGCAGCUUGACCCAGCUCACCAACAAGCUCAUCCCCGAGGUCAUUGGCCGUGAGAUCGAGAAGUCGACUCAGGGCAUCUACCCGCUCCAGAAUGUUCACAUCCGCAAGGUCAAGCUUCUCAAGCAGCCCAAGUUCGACCUCGGCGCCCUCAUGGCUCUCCACGGCGAGUCCGUCACUGAUGAGCAGGGUCAAAAGAUUGAGCGGGAAUUCAAGGAGCGCGUCCUUGAGGAGGUGUAAAAGAAUUGGGCGAAGAGAUUGAUCAUGACACGGAUGGAGGGAACGAGGGAUCGGCAGCUGGGAGACAACAUUUUGGCUCUUUUAGGCCGGCAUUCAGGCUUCGGCAUCGCUUUUUCAGUCGUUGCACAUGGCGUACCAUACAGGCGGCUGCGGGUCUAGGUUACCUCAAAAUGGUAAAGGUUAAAAACUACGUCUGGCCCCAUACCGUGUGAUGGUGUGAUGGAUUGAGAGCUCCAUGCGCAUUGAAGGCUGGUACG